GUCUUCGCUGGACUUCCUUGAACCGGGUUGCGUGGAACAUAUAGUUAUACUGUACUCACUAUAGCUGCACGUGUGUUAAGGAGUAGGACGGCCUUACACGAGGCCCUUGGUGACCACAGAUCGGAAGACCCUAGGUUCAAGCUCGACACCUCUUUUGCGCUUUUCGCGCUCUUGGGUCACACGCAGCGGCAAUGGGCGGUACCAGGGCCGCUAUCAUCGCGGCGUCCACAGUAACCGUGGUUGCUGGGGCCGCGAUUAGCGGGAUUUUGCUUCGCCCGCACUGGGUGCCCGCGGCCGCUCGAUGCACCAGCACCGUCUCCACUUGGCUGUUCCGGAAGAAGGCCAACCCUGUCAUGAGGCCCCCGGCCGCACUCGGCGCUCCUCAGACGGGUCUAUCUGUGGAGCCCAGCCAGUACCCCCAGGUCCGUCGCGGCGAGGUGGUCGAGACGCUUCACGGCGUGCGGGUGGCGGACCCCUACCGCUGGCUGGAGGACCCGGACUCGGAGGACACACGCGAGUUCGUAACGGCCCAGAACGCGCUGACCAACGAGCUGCUGGCCAAGUGCGAGACCCGCGAGCCGUUCAGGAAGUUAUUCACGGCGCUGUUCGACUACCCCAAGUUUGGGGCGCCCUUCAAGUGCGGCAGCCGCUACUACUACUACCACAACAGCGGCCUGCAGCAGCAGUACGUCAUCUACAGCCAGGCGGAGGCCACCCUGCAGGCGGAGGCAAAGCUGUUCUUCGACCCCAACACGCUGUCCGAGGACGGCACCGUGGCGCUCAGCAACAUGGAGUGGAGCGAGGACGGCAGCCUUGCCGCCUACAGCCUGAGCAAGGGCGGCAGCGACUGGUGCACCAUCCAGGUGCUGCGCGUGGACCCCUCCGGCGCACCGCCCACGCCGCUGGCCGACAAGCUGGAGUACGUCAAGUUCAGCAGCCUGGCCUGGACGCACGACCAGCGCGGCUUCUUCUACAACCGUUACCCCGACCCGGCCUCCCGCCCCGCCGACCUGGGCACGGAGACAGACAGCAACACGCACCAGCAGCUGUGCUACCACGCGCUGGGGACGCCGCAGUCGGAGGACCCGGUGAUCUGGGCCAUGCCCGACCACCCCACCUGGAUGAGCGGAGCCGGAGUCACCGAUGACGGCAGGUACCUGGCCCUGUACAUCAGCGAGGGCUGCCUGCCCGCAAAUCGCCUGUACCUGGUGGACAUGCAGGCCCUGGACAAGAAGGCGGACGGCGCGGUGGACUGGGCCAAGUACGACUUCUUCAACAAGGGCUCCAAGAAGCUCCCCGUUGUGAAGCUGGUUGACGACUUCAGCGCCUCUUUCAGUGUGGUGGCCAACGAGGGAACCACCUUCUACAUCAUGACGAACCUGGACGCGCCGAGAUACAGGCUGGUGAAGAUUCCGGACGUGACGUCCGCCGGCCCUGCCUCCAGCUGGCCUGACCACAUCGCGCAGCACCCCAAGGACGUGCUGAAGGGCGCUCUGGCUCUCAAGGGCGAUGUGCUAGUGGUGCGCUACCUGCGUGACGUCGUGGCGGCGCUGCAGCUGCGGCAGCUGGGCUCGGGCGCCCUCACCAAGGAGCUGCCGCUGCCGGGCGUGGGGAGCGUGGGUGCCAUGAGCGGCGACCGCAAGGGCAGCGAGCUGUUCUUCUCAUUCACCAGCUUCACGGAGCCCGGCGCGCUCUACCGCAUCGACACCGCGCCCGGCAGCGCUCUGGAGCCGCAGCUGUUCCGGCGCACGGAGCUCAAGGUGCCGCACAGCGCGGACGACUACGUCACCAAGCAGGUGUUCGUGACCUCGGCCGACGGCACGCAGGUGCCCAUGUUCAUCACGCACCACAAGGACACCAAGCUGGACGGCUCGGCGCCAACGCUGCUGUACGGGUACGGCGGUUUCAACAUCGCCCUCACGCCCGGGUUCAGCGCCAGCAGGCUCGCGUUCAUGCGCGGCUACGGCGGUGUGUUUGCCCAGGCCAACCUGCGCGGCGGCGGCGAGUACGGCACUGACUGGCGCAACGCCGGUUCCACGCACAACAAGCAGAACGUGUUCGACGACUUCCAGGCGUGUGCCGAGUACCUGAUCCGCGAGCGCUACUGCUCGCCCGCCAAGCUGACCAUCCAGGGCGGCUCCAACGGCGGCCUGCUUGUGGCGGCGUGCGCCAACCAGCGACCCGACCUGUACGCGUGUGUGCUGGGGCAGGUGGGCGUGAUGGACAUGCUGCGGUUCCACAAGUUCACCAUCGGCCACGCCUGGAUGACGGACUACGGCAACCCCGACCGCGCCGCGGACUUCUCCUGGAUCUACCCCUACUCGCCGCUGCACAACGUGCGGGCGCCCGAGGGAGGGAGCCGCCAGUACCCGGCCAUCAUGCUGGCUACGGGCGACCACGACGACCGCGUGGUUCCGCUGCACACGCUCAAGCUGCUGGCCACGCUGCAGCACAACCUGGCCGCAGCCGACCCAGCCGCCUCGCCGCAGCGCAACCCGCUGCUGGCGCGGAUCGAGGUCAAGGCCGGGCACGGGGCGGGCAAGCCCACGCAAAAGGUCAUUGACGAGAACGUGGACCUGUUCGGCUUCGCCGCCAAGUGCAUGAACGCCAAGUGGGUUGACAAGCAGCCCGUGUCUGAGCCAGCCAAGCCCGCGGCGGCGGCGGCGGCGCCCGCGGCGGCACCGGCGGCGGCGGUUGCGGCAGCGGCGCCCGCGGCGGGGGCGACAGCGGCGGCGGCUAAGCCGGCGGGCGCAACGGCUGCAGCGGCACCGGCACCGGCGCCGCCGGCCACGAAGGAGCCGGCAGCACCCGCGGCGGGUAGCAGUGCAGCGUCCAAAUAGCGGCGCCGGUGUGGAAGCUGAUGCUGGUGUGGGCGGAUAGUGGGAGUGGCGACGGCGGCGGUGUGCGAGUGGCACUGCGGCGGUGGCAGCAGAGGGCCCAGUGGUGGAGGCGCAGGCCCCAGCAGCGGCACAGAGGGGACAUGCAUGUGCGGAGGGGUGGGGGCAGGGCGGGUUUCCCGACAAAGCGCCACCCUAUAAACGGCGCCGGCGCGCAGGCUGAGACCUGCCGGUAUCUGGUUGUGGUCUUUGCUGGCGAGCAUAGCGUGGCACGGUGUGUGGGUUGUUGCCUGCUGUGCUCGGCUUGACAGCGGGACGUGGCUGGACACAUUAUGGCGGGCCGUGCCUGUACGAACCGACCCCGGCUAUGUCCGGGAGAUGAGGCAGACGCUUGCGGCCUCACGUGGCGUGGCCCACUUAUCCCAUGCGAGGGGAACCACAUAUCUUGUGGCUUCGCAACUGCACUUUUAGUGAGGGGGAAACCCCAACCCCACGGGGAAGCCCCAACCCGAGUGCGCUGGACUGCACUGAGAGUGGGCACGCCUCGUGUGUAUCAUCAUGUCAUGUUACAACUUGUGUUCAUCUCCGGCACUCUGGGGACCCACUUGGGUGCCCCUGACGGUUGGGGUGCCGGCGCACUUACUUGCUGCACCGUGCAUACCAGGGGAGGUGCAUACGGUAUGUGCCGCAUUGAGUCAACAUUCAACCAAUUGCAUCUCAUUCGAACACCUCAUUUGGGUUAACGAACCUCAAUGUGCGUGUGCAUGUGUGCGGGACGGACUGACGGACGUGACGUGCAGUUGGGCCGUCAACCUAGCCACGGUGCUCACACACGCACGUGCAUGUCCAAUAAUGGGCACCGGGCUUGCAGCAAGCUAGCUAAUAUGCAGACUUUAGGCAGGCACACAGGCCAGGCCGCGUCAUACGGUAUGCAACACACGCACGCACGCAAUGCAAGCCGCCUCAAACUGGUCAAACCUCAACAACCAAGAGAACAAUGUGGGCAGUCAUCCCUGAUGCGCUGCCUUCAGGGCGUGCCGGACUGCUGCCGCUUGCUGCUGCCGCGCAUGUAGAGCGGCACGUGCGCCGCCUCUUCCUCGGGGCUAACAAAGGAGGGCACCGUGAGCACGGGCUGACUCCGCCCAAACAUGGUGUUGUAGAGUGCCGCUUGGUUGUUGAGCAAGGCAGCCAGGUGGUGAUUGAGCUCGGCGGUCAGCGGAUGAUCAGCACACGCACGGCGGUAGACCUCGCUUGGAUUAGGCUGGCUAAUCAUCCAGCCGUCGGAGAAUAGCGUAAUGUCCCGGCAGGCGCCGAUGAUGGUACCGGUGUGCUGCUCGCUUGACUUCCAGACUGUGUGAACGUAGGGACUGCCAUCGGCGGAUGCGCGGCGGCUGCCGGCAGGGGAUGUGGUCGGAGAGGGCCUGCGCGAAGGAGAGCACAGGCAAGGAGGCAGCCGUCAGCACAUCUCAAGGCAAGCCAUUUGAGCGAGGACGCCUCGAGACAAGCUGUUGUAUGGCCGGUGCAGCAGUCAAGCAGUCAACGUUGCCGCGGCCCGGGAUGUCGUCGCGCACAGGUAAGGGGGCUAGCAACUCAGGGCAAUCCUCUUCGCCCAGGGCCCUCUACCGGAAGUCCCAUAUGCUGUGAGAGCGUCUGGGUACUCGUCGGCAAGCCCAAAGCCAUCAGCGAGUAGUAGUGGCUCGCGCAUCGCAAUCGUACGCUCAGCCCCGCUUCAGUCCCCGUCUCGCUCAGGCCCGCCGCAAGGAGCCUUUGACUUACCGGGGAGUGUAGGCGUUCUCCACGUUCUCGAAAACGAAGAAAGAAGACAUUGUCGACUUGUAACUGACGGUAGGAUGGUAAAGCAGGAAUGCUAGGAGAAGAGAGCUUCAAAACAAGGACAGGGCAGAAGUAGAGGUGCUAGCUUUAGCGAGAGAAGGAGCGCAGCGAAUGCGGUGUAGAGCGGUGGGCUCUGGCUCUUGAACUCAAGCGA